AUGCCUUGGGCUAUACCGGCAGCACUGGCUGUAUUAUGGGGAGUAUGCUGGAUGUUCUGGCCACCACUGCACCAUUCUGUACCUGGAGAUUUCAAUCACGAUCCACAGGUGCCUGAUCCGUCUCGGAAUGGUCUUAAUGUUGCCUCAGAGUUUGAUGACAUAGACAGUGAGUACCAUGCUCACGCGAAAGUGGAUUGUGACUUACCAAGACCAGUCAACCAAAUAAGUACAGAGGACAUUGACAUUUCUCAGUAUGAUCUCACACCUCAGAUUUUCAACUAUCAAUACACUGACUGGGCCGGUACUGUGAGCGACAUCAUACCCUCGGAUGAAUUUAAAAUCAAUACACAGGCCGAUAAUCCAGUUGGUUCCUUCAUCAGCAUGUCUUCGAAUACCGAGGCCACUGACACGACUUCUUCCGAAAUGUCGCACAAUCUAGGGCGGAAUAAGGGCUCAUCUUAUAUUCCAUCGACGACAAGCAACAUUAACCCCACAUGUGGAAGCAGCGAGAGGAUAGCCGAAUUUUCGACUUUUACCGUGGAUGUGUCAUCAACUACGAAAAAGUUCACUUGUCUGGACUGUGGUGAAGGAUUUACUCGGGCAUCAACACUACAACGCCAUCAGACCGAGAAGCACAACAACAACGCCGAGAUGUUUCCUUGUCCAAAUACAGGCUGCAGAAGAUCAGAUUUACAGAAUGCUUUCAAGCGCGCAGCUCACUUAACGCGACACUUGAAGAGUUGUAAAAAGCAACCUGAGGGGCAGGGAUCUUACCAGGCGGGUUCGUCUGAACAGUAUUCAGCGUAUCAAACUGACAUCAGCCAUACGUCAACUUCCAUUGAUGAAUACAAGGAAGCUGAGAAGAAAAGAAAGGCCACAGAUGAAGAGGAUCUGAGUACAAACACUGGGGAGCAAGUCAUAGACUUCCUCCAAAAAAAGAGGAGACAGUUGCUGGCAGAGGCUGAGGCCGGAGAGAAAAGGGCCAGGGCGCAAAGAGAAGAAGCUACGAAGCUUGCUGAAUGCAUAAGAUGCUUGGAGGGUGACAAUGGAGAUGGAGCAGGGAUAUAA